GUUAUCAGUAUAACUAGUGGUACAUUGUCUGCUCAUCUUGUACCAGUUGUUGACAGUUGUUGCUGCUGACCACUAGUGAACUCGUGACCAAGGAAUAUUGUACACUUUAAAAAAAUCGUGUUGAUUUUUUAUAAGAAACAAUGGCAAACACCCUCGAACCAGGCGCGGUGAUCCGCCCCAUAAUAGACCACGAAGGCGUCAAGCUGCUUGUAGAACGUCUCUACGGCAUCUCAGUCUUAGAACUAACUGAACUCAACGGGUAUGAUGAUAAGAACUACAAGAUUGCCGAAGACCCUAAUGUGAAGAACCCGUUGAUCACUUCUCAUAGUGAACACGGGUAUGUGCUGAAGAUCAUGAACUCCAUGGACUCUCAGGAUGUGGGCGUCGUUGAGGCUCAGAAUGAGAUUAUGAAUUUCUUGGGUACCCGCAACAUUACCUGCCCUAAACCGAUCCGCAACGUAUACGGCCACCUCCACUCCAUCGAGACGAUCGGAGGCAAGCGCCACGCCGUCCGACUGCUGGAGUACGUACCAGGAGACCUGCUGAAGGGAGUGCCCCAUUCUGAAGCCCUGUUCUACCAGCUGGGAGAGUUCGUUGCUAAUCUGGAUAAUAAGUUGCAGAACUUCAACCACUCGGGUCUGGUGUCCCGCGAGCACAUGUGGAUGCUGACCAAGGUGCCCGAGCUGGACAAGUUCAAGUACGUCAUCAAGGAUGCUGAGAAACUCGACCUGGCUGAGGAGGUAAUUGAGGAGUUCAAGUACGCGGUGGUGCCCCGGCUGGAUGAGCUGGAGAAGGGCGUUAUCCACGGAGAUGUGAACGAGAUGAACAUCCUUGUGGGACUCAAGCCGGGUGGCAGCAAAACCGACUAUCGCAUCACCGGCAUCAUAGAUUUCGGUGACAUCCAGUACUCGUACUACGUGUUCGAGCUGGCCAUCACCAUGACCUACAUGAUGCUGAUCACCGGAGACCCUCGCGUCGGAGGAUACGUCCUCGCUGGGUACACCGUCAACAGGCGUCUGCCCGAUGAAGAGUACAGGCUAUUGAAGACCCUGGUCUCAGCCCGCCUAGUCCAGAGUCUGAUCCUCGGAGCCUACACCCUGGAACAGGACCCCAACAACACCUACGUCACUUCGACAGAGAAGGCCAAGGGUUGGGAGAUCUUGAAGAAGAUCCGCAAAUCCAAGGCAACGGAAGAGACCGACCCCACUGACUGGAAGGAAAUUGCUAAUGAUUAUUUGACUAGGAGUUAAUUAAUUAAUUAAGCUUUGUAUUCGUGUAAGUUCUCAAUAACUGGUGCUAAUCGUCAGCCUUGCAUGAGGUUUUUUAUUAAACCCUCUUGUGACGCUGGCUUUUGGGAGAAUCUUACGCGAUUUUUUUUUAUUUUUAUCUUACUUGAAUAUAUCGGCAGAGAUUUAAAAGUAUUAUGAUUUGUUAUAUAUCCAUUUAAAUUGUAUUGUUAUUGUAUAAGGUUAAAAUUAAAUAGCUGGAAGAAUAAAAGUAGUUUAGCAUAUCGUAUAAUAAUCAAUAAUUAUGAAUAUAAAAAUAGUAUUUUGGAUAUUAUUGUAGAAGUUUACAGUAUUUUUAUAGUUGUUAUAAUUAAAUAUACCUAUGUAACGUUAAGUAAAAGUAGUAUUAAAUAAAGACUGCUUAUUAAAAUCAAAAGCAAAACGUA